AUGCAAAAGUUGCAAGAAAAUGAGAAGAGAUCGUACAAGAAAAAGCAAUACUGGGUGGCACCAUAUCUAAAGGAUCGUCCGGAACACAGUUUUUAUCAUGUGUCAAUUCCUAAAUUGACCAUAGAGGAUGGAGUACGAUUCCACAAUUAUUUCCGAAUGUCCGCUACACAAAUGGAAGAAUUAUUGUUGAUUGUUGGUCCGCUAUUGAUAAAAGAAACUGUUAUUCGAGAGCCCAUACAACCGAAAGAACGUUUGGCAAUAACAUUGAGGUAUCUUGCUUCUGGCGAUUCAAUGGUGUCAAUGUCAUAUCAAUAUCUAGUUGGGGUAACAACAGUUUGUCAUAUUAUUCGAGAGACAUGCGAAGCAAUUUGGAACAGUUUGUAUCCUUUAGUUUUACCGCCAGCAUUGUCAGAAAAAGACUGGCUCGAAAUUGCAAAUGAUUUUGAAGAAUUGUCUAAUUUCGCUCAUUGCAUUGGUGCCAUUGAUGGAAAACAUGUAACAAUACAAGUAUGUAUUCUAAAGGUUGGUUGUGUGAUUUCAUGUCAUUUUGAAAUACACAAUCUACCCCCAGUAUAA